AUGGAUGUGCUUUGUUUUGAACCGGACACUUCGCGGCUGGCGAGCCUGCUGGACACGGACGAGGAUGUCCUGGACUUUUGGUCAUGCCUGGGACCCCCCGAGGGGCCCAAGCCGUACCGGGCCUCCACCCCUGCCAACGUCCCGCUCCACGCCUCUGCCCCCCUGGCGAUUGCGGGGGGUCGCCGGGCGCUCGCGGUCACGCUGCAGAACGACUCCGCGGAAAGUGCGGCCACGAUGCUGGGCAGCUCCUACGGGGACCGGGAGGACCCAGGCCUGGGUCGCGCCCUGUCCUCCUCCACCUGGGUGCCCCAGGCCCCCUCCCCCGGCCAGUGGCCCGAGACGAGGGCGCUGGUGGAGGGAGUGCGCGGCGUGGGGGCCGGGAAGUGGGCCGAGAUCAAGCGCACCGCCUCCUCCGCCGUCGUGUCCCUGCUCAGCACGCGCUCCGCGGUCGACCUGAAGGACAAGUGGCGCAACCUGACGAGGGUGGCGCGGCUGCCCAAGGCGCAACUCAAGGCCCGGCUGGCCAAGGGCUCUGAGGUGCCCCUGGAACUCAUCCUGGAGGUCAAGGAGCUGCUGGACGCCACGCCGCGCGCCGAGUGA